CCAGUAGAAACUGUUGGAAACAUGUUCUCUGUUCUGACUCCUCCUCCUCUCAUCCACUUCAUGUUGGUUUCAUUUCUUCUUCCUGUUCGAACGGCAGCAGCUGUGAGUCUGUGUGUCUCUCCAUGAAGGUAAUGUUGGACCUGUUUGACUCUCACCUCCUUCACUGUGGGUUCUUUACUUCAGUAGAAACAGGAUGAGCUUUAAUCCAUGUGUUGGAGUCUGUCUGAAGUGACUGUGAUCAGACCAGGCCUCAGAGUAGGAGCUGAUAUGCAGCUCAGUGGUUGAACUCAGUGUUACUGAGGCUCAGGGUUUUUCUCACUGCUCCAUAAAACUCCUCUGGACUAUUUCCAUUCGACUGGACCGUGUGUUGAACUGGUAACUUUACUAUCAGUAAAAGUAGAGAAAAUCAACAGUCAUCCCAUUCAAAAUGGCGGAUUUGAAACUUAGCUGCUUCGUGACGAUGGUUUGAUUUAAUGCUGCGCCACAGAAACAGACCCUUAGACACAGGAAGUGGUUCAAAGUGUUUCCUGUUGACCUUUCUGUAGCUGACCCACUCCUGAGCCUCAGGUGGUUGUGGACCAGCUGAACCACCGUAAGGGUUUGGACUCACUGUCCCACAUCCAUCAGAAGUAAUGUUUGUCGUGUGACUGAUGUGGAUUCAGCAGAAUGGAUCAGUGUGGGGACAGAGAGGAGGGAGCCCCUCCCCCAAAGACCACCAACAGGAUCCCCCCGGGACCUGGACUGGACAGACCCCCUAAAGCUCAGAGACCUGGACCAGGACCUGGAAAAGGACCCAGCUGUGUGUCCAUGAAGAGUACUGACUCCAAACACUGGCCAAUUUACUUCCAACAGGAUGGUUCAUCAGAGCCAGCAAGCUCAGAGGUUCCCACUGGUCUACAGGAUCAGACUCAGCUGGACUCCAUAUUUAAGCUGCUGGAGGAGAACAUCUGCAUCUUUGUCAAGAACGAACUGAAGAAGUUCCACCAGGUUCUGAGUACAGAUUACCCAGAAUCCUUAGAGAGUCUGAGCGAUGAGGAUGAAGAGCAGAGGAGGAGCUCCGAGGCUUUUCUGAAGAUCACACUGAACUUCCUGAGGAGGCUGAAGCAGGAGGAGCUGGCUGAGCGUCUGCACCGCAGUAAGACCAUUCUUCAGUCUGGAGUUCUUCAGCGGAAACUGAAACGUAACCUGCAGCAGAAGUUUGAGUGUAUGUUUGAGGGCAUCGCUAAAGCAGGAAACCCCAAAACCCUCCUGAACCAGAUCUACACAGAACUUUACAUCACAGAGGGAGGGGCUACAGAGGUCAACCAGGACCAUGAGGUCAGACAGAUUGAAACAGCAUCCAGGAACCCACACAGACCACCAACAACCAUCACAUGUCAAGACAUCUUUAAAACACCAGCUGACAGAGAUCAACCAAUCAGAACAGUGCUGACAAAGGGCGUGGCCGGCAUCGGGAAAACAGUCUUAACACAGAAGUUCAGUCUGGACUGGGCUGAAGACAAAGCCAACCAGGACAUCCACUUCAUAUUUCCAUUCACCUUCAGAGAGCUGAAUGUGCUGAAACAGAAGUUCAGCUUGGUUGAACUGGUUCAUUACUUCUUCACUGAAACCAAAGAAGCAGGAAUCUGGAUCUUUGCAGACCUCCAGGUGGUGUUCAUCUUAGACGGCCUGGAUGAGUGUCGACCUCCUCUGGACUUCAACAACGCUCAGAUCCUGACUGAUGUUACAGAGUCCAGCUCAGUGGAUGUGCUGCUGAUGAACCUCAUCAGGGGGAACCUGCUUCCCUCUGCUCGCCUCUGGAUAACCACACGACCUGCAGCAGCCAAUCAGAUCCCUGCUCAGUGUGUUGACAUGGUGACAGAGGUCAGAGGGUUCACUGAUCCACAGAAGGAGGAGUACUUCAGGAAGAGGUUCACAGAUGAAGAACAGACCAACACAAUCAUCUCCCACAUCCAGAGGUCACAAAGCGUCCACAUCAUGUGUCACAUCCCAGUCUUCUGCUGGAUCACUGCAACAGUUCUGGAGGACAUGUUGAAGACCACAGACACAAGACAACUGCCCAAGACCCUGACUGAGAUGUACAUCCACUUCCUGGUGGUUCAGGCCAAACUGAAGAACAUCAAGUAUGAUGGAAGAUCUGGGACAGAUCCACACUGGAGUCCAGAGACCAGGAAGAUGAUUGAGUCUCUGGGAAAACUGGCCUUUGAGCAGCUGAAGAAAGGAAACCUGAUCUUCUAUGAAUCCGACCUGACAGAGUGUGGCAUCGAUAUCAGCUCAGCCUCAGUGUACUCAGGAGUGUUCACAGAGGUCUUCAAAGAGGAGAGAGGACUGUACCAGGACAAGAGGUUCUGCUUCAUCCAUCUGAGUGUCCAGGAGUUUCUGGCUGCUCUUCAUGUCCAUCAGACCUUCACCAACACUGGAGUCAAUCUGCUGUCAGAAGAACUAGCAUCUGUUUGGUCUAAACUACUGUGGGACCCCUCUGUCCAGUUGUACCAGACCGCUGUGGACCAGGCCUUACAGAGUCCAAAUGGACACCUGGACCUGUUCCUCCGCUUCCUCCUGGGUCUGUCACUGCAGACCAAUCAAAGUCUCCUACAAAGUCUGGUGAAACCAACAGGAAGCAGCUCAAAGACCAACCACAAAACUGUAGAGUACAUCAAGGAGAAGAUCAGUGAGAAUGUGUCUGCAGAGAGAAGCAUCAACCUGUUCCACUGUCUGAAUGAACUGGAGGAUGGAUCUCUGGUGGAUCAGAUCCAACAGUACCUGAGAUCAGGACGUCUGUCCACAGAACAACUGUCUCCUGCUCAGUGGUCAGCUCUGGCCUUCAUCUUACUGUCAUCAGAAAAAGACCUGGAUGUGUUUGACCUGAAGGAAUACUCUGGUUCAGAGGAGGUUCUUCUGAGGCUGCUGCCAGUGGUCAAAGCCUCCAACAAAGCUCUACUCAGUGGCUGUAACCUGUUAGACAGAAGCUGUGAAGCUCUGUCCUCAGUUCUCAGAUCCCAGUCUUGUAGUCUGACACAUCUGGAUCUAAGCAACAAUGACCUGAAGGAUUCAGGAGUGAAGAUCCUGUCAGAUGGACUGAAGAGUCCAGGAUGCAGACUGGACACUCUCAGAUUGUCAGGAUGUCUGAUCGCAGAGGAAGGAUGUUCUUCUCUGGUCUCAGCCCUACAGUCCAAUCCGUCCCAUCUCAGACUGCUAGACCUGAGCUACAACCAUCCAGGAGCCUCAAGACAGGAGCUGUGUGCUCUAGUGAAGGAUCCACACUGGAGACUGGACAAUGUCAGGUUGGAUCCUGCCGGAGUCCGAUGGUUGAAACCAGGUCCAAAGAAGUAUUUCUGUGAACUCACCCUGGAUCCAAACACAGCGGACCAACGCCUCAUACUGUCUGAAAACAACAAGAAGGUGAAACGAUUGACGUUUCAGUCAUAUCCUCAUUAUCUGGACCAAUUUCAGUUCUGCUAUCAGCUGAUGUGUUCAACUGGUCUGACUCGUCGCUGUUCCUGGGAGGUCCGGUGGAGGGGAGAUGUUUAUAUAUCAGUGACUUACAGAGGAAUCAGAAAGAAAGGAGGCAGUUAUGACUGUGCGUUUGGAAGAAAUGAUCAGUCCUGGAGUCUGUUUUGUAACAGAGGUGGAUACGAGGUCUGGCAUAAUGACAAAUGCACAGUCCUCCCUCAGUCCUCCUCCUCCUCUGGUACAGUAUCAGUGUAUGUGGACUAUCCUGCUGGAUCUGUGUCCUUCUAUGAAGUCUCCUCUGACAAACUGAUCCACCUCCACACCUUCAAAACCACAUUCACUGAACCACUGUUUGCAGGAUUUGGACUCUGGCCUGGAUCCUCAGUGUUUUUGUGUGAUGUGUAGUUCUUUUGUGUUGUUGUGUUCAUGGACAUGUGGUUGUGUAGAUGUGAACACAAACAUCUGGACUUUCUACUGCUCUCAUUUCAUCAACAACCUUUAGUUUGAAUGUGUGGGAGGUGUUGGUCCAUAAAUGUGAAUGUGAGCCUUACUGCCACCACCUGGUCUGGAGUGGGAACUACAACUGUACGUCCAAACUGACCAAACUACUCAUUUAUGUCAUUAUUCAAUUAUUUGAAUCUAAUUAAAGCCUCAUCUUCACCAUUUAUAAAUAUAUAUGUGACAGGAUCUGAUCCAUAAACUAUGAACAUAAAUAUAUGACCCAUUAAAUGAACAUGUGUACAGGCUGAGCAGUGUUUACAUGAAGGAUUUUUACCCCAAUGUGGAACUGUUCAACUACACAAACUUAGUCAUUCCAACAGAUGUAGACCAGUAAAUAUGAAGGAAGCACUAAUUAAAUACAUGUAUGAAUCAAAGAAUAGCAGUGUUUCAGUCUGUCCAUCCAACUGCAGCAGAUAAAACACAAUGAUGAGGUCAUGUUUGAAUGUUUGGAUCAAACCUCUGAACAUCGACAUAAACAGGAUCAACAGCAUGAAAAAACAGUGAUGACGCUGUCAUAGGAAAAAUCUCCCAUAAUCCAACACUGACAUCAAAGUAGCACCGACAAGACUCUAUUUAGCAUCAAAACAAAGACAGAUUUGAUCCUGAAGCAGAACCUCAGUUUGAUGUUCAGUCUGUUUCAAAGUGUGUGAAUGUGAGUGAAGGACAGUGAAUCUGAUUCAAACACCAACACAAACACCACCAAGAAAACCACAUGAAACAGGCGACUCAUCAUCACACAAGUCCUCUGAAUGUGGAUCCAGGCUCCAAAUGGGACCCAGUGGUUCUCCAGGUCAACAUGGACCCUUUCCAACACGUCUGUCCAAUAUGUCUAUGAAAAGGAGGUUCUUUUCCAAACUCCUGAACACUGUUGAUCUGGUUGGUGUUGGUGUUCAAAUGCAGCUUUGAUGGUUUUCUGUUGGAUUCAUAUUCAACAUGUUUUGGAGUAAAUGGCCUG